AGGACUCGGCCGACAGCGAGGCGUCGACAGGCACCUGCGGUUUCAAGGGCUGAAGACGCGCUUGCGGCAUCCUGCUGCAAGGUCGGUGUUGAGCCUUUUGUACGAGUUGCGUGGCGACCACUCUCUCGAUGCAUGCGCUUACGGGACAGACGGCGGGAGGACGCACUUUGAGCCUGCGCUCCCAUUGCUCAGCUCUAAGAGGAUGGAGAGCACAGAGGCCAUUGGGCCGGAGGCCAAGCUGGUGAGAGACUUGCUCUUCGCGCUGCAGGGGGUUACCAGUGCAACCUCCAAAGGGGAGAGCUUUGAGAUCGACACCGUCCUCUCCAGGCCUGCGUGGCUCUUGUGCCAACGAGUCCUGGAGAUCGCUCGCCUGCACCUUCGCCUGUCUGCAGCUGCAAAGGACACAGGAGGACUCCUCCACCAAGCGCUUUGCGAAGCUCUCCGGGGCCAACUCCAGGACUACUACGAAGUGCUGGCCCUGCUGUCUGCUGAAGGCUUGAGCCUUCGAUCUCUCUGGGCGAGAUUGCAAGCUCCGAAGUCGCGAUUACUAUUUCUGUCGCAACUCUGCGAAGGCGCUCGAGGCCUGUUCGGCGGCGCGCUUGCCUCGCUGGUGUACGCCUUUUCCCAUUCCGGGGACACGGCGGUGCGGGACUCUGCCCAUCGGAUUCUCCGUUCUGUGGUAAAGCCUUUGCUUGCCAUGAUUCGGGUAUGGAUGACGGAGGGGGAGCUGCAGGAUCCCUUCGGGGAGUUCUUUGUCGUUGCAGAUGCUUCCGUGCCGCUUGAAGACCUUUGGAAUCGCAUGUACUCGCUGGAGUUGGAGAUGGUGCCGAGCUUCAUGACAUUGGAAUUGGCAAGAAAGAUCCUUCUCACAGGCAAGUCUGUGAACUUCAUUCGGCUUUGCUGUCCCGGGUUGACGUGGAUUCCAAGUUCCGGCAUGGCGCGCUGGGAGUUUGGAGGGUCUGAUGAGGACCUGGCAGGCCCAGUCGAACGAGCAGCGCUUGAGACCAACGAGCGACUGGUGAAGCUCCUGAUGGAUCACUACUGCCUGGGUGAACAUGCCCUGGCUUUGAGGCGUUUCCUCCUUUUGGGCCAGGGGGACUUCAUCGAAAGUCUCAUGGAUGCGGCGCAAGAGGAGCUGAAUGCGGAUGCCAAGAAGGUGCACCGCCACCAGCUCAUGGCCGUCUUGGACAUGGCACUUCGCCAGUCCAAUGCCCAGUUCUGCGCAGCGGAUGUGCUGGCGAGGUUGGGCGUCAAGCUGCUGAGCCCAUCAGCUGGUGAGCGCGGAUGGGAUAUCUUCCUUCUGGACUACUCCAUCAAUUCCCCACUCCAUGUGGUGUUCACUCCGGCAGCCAUGCAGAAGUACGACCGCGCCUUUGCAUUUCUUUGGAAGCUCAGGCUCAGCAUGGGCAACAAUCCAAGAGAGCGUGAGCUGGGUUAA